GGCGCGCACGGGGCGGGGGGCGGUGAUGGCGGCGGCGGCGGCGGAGUGGCCGCUGAUGCGGCGCUACGAGGGGGCAGCGCAGGGCCGCGGCGUGGCGGCGGACGGCUGGCGCGUCUGCCUGGCACACAGCUUCGAGGAGCUGCGGCAGCCCUACGGCGCCGGCGACGUGCCGCUCCGCGAUGUCCUGCGGCACGUCGGCCUCGCCUUGCGAUAUUUCAGGUGGUGGGUCAAGAAGACGCGCAUCGAGAAGAAAACUGCCUUCAUUGACCUCUUGUGUGCUGUUCCUCUGCAGCAGAUCUAUGGAUGCCCGCUGGGCGGGAUCGGGGGAGGCACCAUCACACGCGGCUGGCGGGGAGAGUUCUGCCGCUGGCAGCUGAACCCUGGCCUUUACCACUACGAAACAGUCAUCGCCAAUCAGUUCACAGUGUGCCUGCGGUGCAAGGGGCAGACCAUUUACCAGCAGGUCUUGUCCCUGGAGAGACCCAGCAGCCUGCAGGGCUGGAACUGGGGCUACUGCGGCCGCUACGCCUUUUACCACGCCCUGUACCCCCGUGCCUGGCUGGUCUACGAGCUGCCGGGGCAGCAGGUGGUGCUCACCUGCCGGCAGGUCUCGCCCGUCAUCCCCCAUGACUAUAAGGACUCCAGCUUGCCGGUGGGAGUGUUCGUCUGGGAGGUGGAGAACGGGAGGGAUGAGGCCGUGGAAGUGUCCAUCAUGUUCAGCCUGCAGAACGGCGCGGGAGCGAAGGAGGCCGGGAGCGGCGGGCACUGGAACGAGCCCUUCACCUUGCAGAAGGACGGCCAGCGGGUUGCUGGGGUGCUGCUGCACCACUGCCCGGCCGUGAACCCCUUCACCCUGGCCAUCUCUGCCCGGGAGAAGGCUGGCACGGGAGUCACCCAUGUUACGGCAUUCAAUCCCACGGGAUUGGGUAGAGAGGUGUGGCAGGACCUCCUGCAGGAUGGCUCCCUGACACACUACGAGGAGUGGGAGAGGAAGAUCGAAGCGUGGCAGAAUCCCAUCCUGGAGAACAGCCAGCUGCCUUCCUGGUACAAGUCAGCCCUCUUCAAUGAGCUCUACUUCAUGACGGAUGGAGGGACCAUCUGGAUGGAGGUGCCCCCUGACUGCUGUGCCCAGGACCUGCAGGGGCCGGCAGGGGCAGGGCUCUCCCACCUCCUCCCUGUCCUGCAGGAGUACGGAAGGUUUGCUUAUUUGGAAGGCCAGGAGUACCGGAUGUACAACACCUACGACGUCCAUUUCUACGCCUCCUUCGCUCUCAUCAUGCUGUGGCCCAAGCUGCAGAUCAGCCUGCAGUAUGACAUUGAUAGCAAAGCUCCUUUUGCCAACACCUGUGAGAGUGACUCCUAA